AUGGCAGACGAUCUACAGAGUCAAACUCCGGACAUAAUCAUCGGAUCAACGAUUGACGAUGGGUAUGAGCAGUAUGCAACUGAGGAGGAAAUUGAGGAAGACCAGACUCAAGAUCUCGAUGAGUCUAAGUCCAAGAAAACCGUCAGUUUUGCCGAAUUAGACGAAGUAGAUGAAGAAGAAUUGAGAAAGAAGGAGUUUGAAGAAGGUGGAGGAUUGCCCGCUCAGCCCGACAAUCCAGAAUUCGAAAAACUGACACCUUUAUCUCCAGAGAUCAUCAACAGACAAGCUACUAUUAACAUUGGUACGAUCGGUCACGUCGCCCACGGUAAGUCCACUGUUGUCAGGGCCAUUUCAGGAGUUCAAACCGUUCGUUUCAAAGACGAGCUGGAACGUAAUAUUACCAUCAAACUGGGAUACGCCAACGCCAAAAUCUACAAGUGUGACAACGACGAGUGUCCAGAGCCAGAUUGUUACCGCUCUUUUAAGUCUGACAGAGAAAUACACCCCAAAUGCCAGCGUCCAGGAUGUACUGGCCGUUACAACUUGGUAAGACAUGUCUCAUUCGUGGAUUGCCCUGGUCACGACAUUCUGAUGAGUACGAUGUUGUCUGGUGCAGCAGUCAUGGACGCUGCUCUCCUACUAGUGGCCGGUAACGAAUCAUGUCCUCAACCUCAGACUUCUGAGCAUUUGGCCGCCAUUGAGAUUAUGAAGCUGAACCAUGUUAUCAUUUUGCAGAACAAAGUAGAUCUUAUGAGAGAGGAGACAGCUCUGGAACACCACAAGUCGAUUCUCAAAUUCAUCCGUGGUACCAUUGCUGAUGGUGCCCCCAUUGUGCCUAUAUCCGCCCAAUUGAAAUACAACAUUGACGCUGUCAAUGAGCUAAUUGUCAAGACCAUCCCCGUCCCUCCAAGAGACUUCACAGCAUCGCCACGACUAAUUGUCAUUCGUUCUUUCGACGUUAACAAACCAGGUGCUGAAAUCGAUGAACUCAAGGGUGGUGUUGCUGGUGGUUCCAUUUUGACCGGUGUCUUCAAGAUUGGUGACGAAAUCGAAGUACGUCCUGGUAUUGUUACCAAGGAUGACAGUGGAAAGAUCCAAUGCAAACCUAUCUUCUCUAGCAUAGUGUCGCUAUUUGCAGAGCACAAUGACCUGAAGUUUGCCGUUCCAGGUGGUCUGAUUGGUGUUGGUACCAAGGUGGACCCAACGCUCUGUCGUGCCGACAGGUUGGUAGGCCAAGUCGUUGGUGCCAAAGGACACCUUCCAUCCAUAUACACUGAUAUCGAAAUUAAUUAUUUCUUGCUGCGUCGUUUGUUGGGUGUCAAGACGGAUGGACAGAAGCAAGCCAAGGUGCGUAAGCUGGAUCCUAACGAGGUCUUGAUGGUCAACAUUGGUUCUACAGCUACAGGUGCUAGAGUCGUCGCCGUCAAGGCUGAUAUGGCCCGUCUACAACUGACUUCUCCAGCUUGUACUGAGAUAAACGAGAAGAUUGCUCUAUCCAGACGUAUCGAGAAGCACUGGCGGUUGAUCGGGUGGGCUACCAUCAAGAAGGGUACCACCUUGGAACCCAUUGCUUAA